UUGAGCAUUUGGUCGAGAUCAUGUGUCGCAAUCAUCGCCGUCAGUCAGGGCGGCAGAUGUGUGUUCCUCCGGUUCAUGUGGGUCAUUCAGGCGCACCGGUCAACGCUGCCCAGCGGUCUGAGAGGAGAGCGGGAACCAGUGGAAAACCUCGGCGUUUGGUGGCCCUCUGCCUCUCUCCGAGUUGACCCUCGUCCAGCUUCCAAGACGGGGUUGGUGCCCACUCUCACUGGCUCCCAAAGACAGGGCGAACACUUGGAACCGCGUGUCGGCGUGUUUUCAUUCCAGCGCAAAUGGCGGGGGGACUUCAGCCUUUUCCGGCCUCCGCUGGACGCUUCGGACCCCUCAGCUAGAGUCAUCGGAAGCUAUCUGACCCAAAACUGCAGCAUGGCGCGUCGCUCUCAGUGUUCCUCUGCCGGGGAUAACCCCCUUGACCCCAACUACCUCCCUCCCCACUAUCGGGAGGAAUACCGCCUAGCCAUCGACGCGCUGAUCGAGGAGGAUGUGGAAGGCUACUAUCAGUUCCUGCUCAAGGCGGACGUGGUCGACUUUUUGUCCGAUUCUGAAAUCCGGUACAUUCAGAACUCUGUUCAGGCUCCCAAGCAGAGCGGCCAGCCUGAGCUGCACUUCCUGGACAGAGCGGACGAUGGCUCCUCGGACACUUACUGGCCCAUUCACUCCGACCAGGAGGUCCCAGGUCUGGACCUUGGCUGGCCUCAGAUGCAUCCCUUCAUUGGACCCACUGAGGUUAUCACUCUGAUAAACCCCCCGGAGCCGGACAUGCCCAGUAUCAAGGAGCAGGCUCGACGGCUCAUAAAGAAUGCUCAGCAGGUUGUUGCCGUAGUGAUGGACGUGUUCACUGACGUGGACAUGUUUGCGGAUAUUCUCAACGCCGCCCAGAGGAGCGUCGCCGUCUACGUCCUGCUGGACGAGCAGAAUGCCCACCGCUUCGUCAACAUGGCCGCCAACUGUAGAGUGGAUCUGCAGAGCAUUCCGUUUUUAUGCGUGAGAACCGUGGGUGGCAUCACGUAUCAGUGCCGAACAGGGAAGUCCCUCAAGGGUCAGAUGAUGGAUCGCUUCUUGCUGACCGACUGCAGGGCUGUGCUGAGUGGGAAUUACAGCUUCAUGUGGUCCUUUGAGAAGCUGCACCGCUGCAUGGCUCACCUUUUCUUAGGGCAGCUUGUGACCACGUUUGACGAGGAGUUUCGGAUUCUGUUCGCUCAGUCCCAGCCGCUGGUUCUCGAGCCCGCGCCGGCGCCGGUGGAAGACUUGGGUCUUUUGCAUAAGAGGCAAUACCCAAACGAAAGAGUUCCGCUGUACCGUGAGCCCAGAAAGUUUCUAUCUGUGGAUCAAACUGAUGAACGGGGCAGACAUUCCUACGAUGAGCGACAGGAGGGGGAUUGGAGGAUGAUGGCGCUCAAAAGGCAGGAGUCUCUCCGCGGCCCCGCAGAUAUAUACAGUAGGCUCUCGGCGCAGCAGUCGCGGGCGGAUCCUUGUUUCGAUCAGGGCCCUUCCAGGAUCGCCAUGCUGGAAAACCCUUCCCUCAAACGGCACUCUUAUGCCGAAGGUGCUCCCGGCAAGUACUCCUUCCUGCAGCAGGGAAUGCCAGACUCUGAGCCCCACCUAAAGCAUUUUUACAGGGGCCAGCAGCCUUAUCAGGGACCGGGGCCAGAUGUCGAAUACAGCGGCUAUGAAAAGUUCCGGAACCCAGACUAUCACCCGACCGACCAGUACCCUGAACCAGGUUUACCGCAAGAUGCACAACCGCCGGAAACCUUUGACCCGGUUCUUAACUAUUUAUCAUCUACCAGAAAUCUGGACUUUGAGCAGAGCUCGCAUAUGGCCGACUUACCAUUCAGUUCAUCUCACCAGAGAAGGCUGAGUCUAGAUCAGCCACACGUGUUUCAGACGUCUCCCACCCCUUCAAACUCGGCUGAUCAAAAACCCUUCUUAUUAGAUCCUGCCGCUGACAGAAAGGAUCCGACGGUCAAACAGGGGCUGAGAAACUGGAGGAUUAGCUCAUAUCUGAGCGCAUAUGAGAAUCCCAGAGAAGAGGGGCUGCCAGUGGCACCAGAUGUUUUUGAAGAGCCCCCUAAUCCCAUGCAGAAAAUCGCACCGGGCACUGAUGUGUCGGCUCCCAAAAUACCUAAUGUCAGAGAGUUUAAGGUCUCUACGAUAAAUAGGGUGAGCCAGAUGCCAAGCUAUGCCAAAACGGCUAGUCGAGAACAGCCAAAGAAAUUGCUGGACGAACCUUCUGCGGCGGGGGCAGACCCAAAAAGAACACCCACGCCCUCAGAAUUGUCCUCAUCAACUGAGGGGGAAAAGACAGAGGAGGCGGAGCAAAAGGAGCCGAAGAGCACUGUGCUUCGAAGGGAGGACUCUUUCAAAAGGAAUUACAACGCCGCCCUGCAGAGGAGCUCCAGGCUGAGGUCCUCUCUGAUUUUCAGCUCUCUGGACCAACAGCAGUCCCCUCAGGAAGCUGACCAGCAGGAUGAGCCUGGCGAGAAGAAUGAGACCGCACACACAAAAACUCCCUUUGUUUCUCAUGUUUUGGGACAGAGGAGGCCGGCUACGAGAGAACCCAUUGAGUGGAGUAAAUACAUAAAGCCCGCCACGUUUGAUGGGUCGUCUGCAGAAGCGUCCAAAGCGGAUGACGGGGAGGCGGUGAAGAGCGAAGAUGCGAAUGAUACAAAAGAUCCAGGAGCCCAGGAUCCGUUAAAACCAGCCCAUGUGAAGCAGGACAGUCCUCCGCCAGCAACGCCUCAACCCAAGCUCUCCGAAGCCGAGAUGGCAAAAACCGAUCAACCGUUUCAACCACCGAAACCCUUCAUGCCAACCCAGCCAUUUAUAGACAUGAACGAUCCCGAUAACAGGCUGAUGUUUUUUAAAGAGUUGGCGGCAAAGCGCAAAGCUGAAAAGAGAAAAGAGGAGGAGGCCCGGGCCAAACUACUAGCAGAGGUUGAAAACGCUGCCAGCUGCCAGAAGACAGAGCCCCCUCCAAAAGAAACCUCAGAGUCCGAAGGCUCAUCAGAAAACACUGGACCUGCAGGGGAGGUGAGGAAGGCCACAGAAGCCUCUCUCUUUUCAGAUGUAGGUCAGCAUACCAGAAAGAGGGAAGGUCUCGUCGAUAAAGCUUCUCAUACCCCCCAAAGCUGCGGUGAACGUGGAGACGUGGACAGCCGCCUCGACACAGGCCUUCAAACCUGUCCGAGCAAUCCAGCAGAAGAAUGCAGACCUUUUGGAGUGGAGAGCGGUAAUCCACCUCCUGUUUCUGAAGCUAUCGAUGAACGAGACGGUCCAAAACUAGUCUCUGCCUCGGAGGAGUCCGUUUCUGUCAUUUCCAGUUCAGUGGAGGUUCCGUCGUCUCUUACUUCAGAGGUUGAAACCCAAAAUCCCGACUCGGAGCCGGAUGCCGAAUCAAGCACUCCGAUCCAGUUGAGGGAAAGCUCUUGUGAUCAAACUCCACUAGAUUCUGGUUCCCAGAUCAGCCCCUCCAGCCCAAGGGGAACAUUACCUUCUGAUACAGUGAAAGAAGACUCUAUCUCAGAUUAUUGUCCAAGCAUGAAAUCACCAAACGGCUUCAAAACGGGCGUGCAGGCGUCAGUCAGCCCCUUACGGCAAGCAUCCUCGCAGUCAUUUGAAGAAACUUCAGGCGGCCUAACUCCCCUAGAUUCCGCCCCUCAGUCGGCACCUGAUACCACGCAUCUGGGCUCAGAUAUCACAGUGACAGAGGAAAACUAUAAAGAACAUUCUGCCACAACACCUUCAGCUGAGGCCGAGGAGUCUGAGGCUGUUGGAUCAUUCAAGGAUAAUGGAACUGACAGCGUAUCCCUCCAUCUUGGCCCAGAGUCGGGUGCACUGCUGGGUGCAUCUGUCUUUGAACCUUCAUCUGCGAGUGCUGCAGCCAAAAGUCCGACUCAACCGCCUGUCAGUGAAACGACGGGCUCCCUGUUCAGUACCGACUUCCCCUCCAACGCGGCACAGCUGGAAACGCCUGCUUCACCGCUAGACUCGCCGAGGCAUUCCGCCUUUCCUCACCACCUUAACCUGACGGGGCCUGAUGGGCUCAGAACAGAAGCGUCAGACCAGUCGCUGUCGCCUCAGGCUGAAAAGGCCCUGGCUGAUAUUUCUGCAUUGGACGGUCUGUCCGACAAAAACCCGUCUUCCAGUGAGACGGGGCCGGAAUCGGAGGAAUCUCCCAGCGGGCCAGCAGAGCCCGCGUCGGAGGCCUCGGCAGAGCUGGAUCUGCCGUGCAGAACGGCUGAGAGCCCUGCGCCGGCGCCGUGCACGUCCCCGGACGGGAGCCGAGCGGAGGACGAGGUCCUGGACACGGACCAGAGCAGACCCGACAAACUGGAGGUGAAAGCCGACGAGCCGGCGAAGCAAAGCACGGCGGAGCCGGCGGACGCGGCCGCGUCCAAGCAGGCCAAAUCCGGCCAGUGCCGCUACCACUCGUCCACGGCCAACGUCAUCUCCAGCAGCAACCUCAGGGACGACACCAAACUGCUCCUGGAGCAGAUUUCCGCCAACUGCCAGAGCAGGAGCGAGAGCACCAAGGAGUCUCCCGUCACCGACGACGAGAAGGAGGACGAGGCGGACAAACACGCCCAGAAAGAGAAGGAGAGGGGCUUCCGGGCGCUCAGCAGAGGUCAGCCCAAGUCCAGUCAGGAGCGCGAGAAGCUGCUGGAGCGGAUCCAGUGCAUGAGGAAGGAGAGGAAGGUGUACAGUCGCUUUGAGAUGGCACCAUGAAUGGAGUCGGAGAACGUGGAGAGAAGACAAAGUGGGAAAGACUGACCCGUCUCCACAGUGUUUGGAAAAAGGACAGCGAUACGGGAGAGGGAUCGAGAUCCCUCUCUGGGUCCGCAGCAAAUCCGCUUUCCAGCGUCAGGGGAGCCUGCCUUGGAACUUUACAAAAACUACCAGCACUAAACAGAAAUUAUGCAAAGCUGGCCCGGUCACGUGCUCCACAGAGGACUCCUAUCUGUGGUCCGGCUACGGUUGUGAAAAGCACGUGGGCUCCGGCCAUGCCACGCGUGUGGAGAAAACGUGUUUUUACAGACUGCCUGGGUGAAGUGCAAUGUGUGCAGACUGUCUGGGUGGCAGGGCCCAUCCCUGCCUUUUUACCGGUGGGACUGCGCAGACUGCAGUGUCUUUUACAGUUAAAGGACGUGUUGUUAAAGUAUCAGAGAAAAAGCAGUGACUGGAGUUUUUGCAACGGCAACGUAUUUCAUUUUGCAUGGCAGUCUGAUCACUUCCAUUUUAAAGAUAUGUCAAUAGCUGCUUAUGUUUAUCUGCCAAACCAGCAAGUGUGUGAAUUCUCAUCCAUGCAUGUGUAAAUUAGCAGGUUUUUGUCUAUUUGUUAACGUUAAACACGGAGGGAAAAAACUACUUGAUUAAAGAAGAAAAGUUGAGCUCAUUUCUUUCUCCUGCAGCACUUGGAGGUUAUGUCUUUUUCCCCCUUUUUUAUGACUCAAAGCCUUUUUCAUUCAAAUAAAAAAAAAGGUUAUAUUAAGACCCUGUAAAUCCAAACCUUGCCUAAAAACAGGAGGCUGUUUUGUGAUGAGCAAACAUACUUGCACAUUAAAAAAAAGAUUUUUUUUAAUGAAUGAAUUGUGCUUGCAGACAAUGUCAAAAGUUGCAUAGAAACUUAAUUGUUUGGUUAAUGAUGAUUUAUGGCUGUCUUAUCAACAUUUGUCUUUCAAGAAUAAAAUGUUAAAAUUUCCUUUUGGCUGUUUGACACCUUUUAGCAGGAGAAGAACACGAAUCACUACAUAACUAUCACAGCUUCUGAUGUUAUCCAGCAUCGCUGGAACAAGGACAGAGCCUUAGAUUCAUUGCAUUGUAAAAUGUCAGAAACCCCUUUUUUGUGGAAUUAUUCCAUUUAACGAGAUGAAGUCAAUAAAACAGCUUCUAUUGAUCAAAGAAGCUGUUUCUGACACUGAUUGAGCAUACUCCUAAGGUAUCAGCAACAAAUCCAAAUAGUGCUCUUUCCUCUAGCACCACCCUCAGGACAAAGUAUCCUACAACUACAAAUAGCAUGUGCUUGUCUUUUCUUAGACUUGUCACUGGACUAAAUCUGCUUUAUUUCAAUUUAUGUGCCAACCUUGCUGAAGCUAUUUGUGGCUUGUAAGGGGCUCAAAUUAACCUGAUUCCCUCCAACCUUCUUGUUUUCCGAUUGGAUUCGGUAGAUUGUGUGUAGAUUGAAUACAAUAUAUUUUUUGCAAUUGGAACUUAUCAGUUCUGGCUUUCUGUGUUUGAUUCAUUUUGAAAGUGAGAGAAUUUCUCUUUCA